AAUUGUAUGUUGCUUGUAGCUGAAACAAUGGAUUGGAAUACCCUCAAAAGCUUAAAGUUAUCUCUUCAAGCAACCAAUCUCAAUGCUACAAUUACCACUAUUCCCUAACAAAGAACAUUGAAAGAGCUUCAAUGGAGAAAGAGAUUGUGGAAAACCUUUGGAAUGGUGAUAGUGAAGCUCAAAUUCAAGCAGCAAUGGAACUUAGUAGAUUGUGCAAUAAGCAAAAGCUCAAAUUGGCAGAAAAUGGUGUUAUGGUUCCUCUUGUUUCCAUGCUUCAUUCUGAAAACUAUGAAGUCAUAGAAGCUUCUCUUUGUGCUUUUCUCAGCCUCUCGUUUGGCAGUGAUAGAAACAAGAUUCGUAUCGUCAGGUACGGAGUUUUGCCAAUUUUGUUGAACCUCCUCCAUUGUGAAAGCCAGACAGCGAUACAAUUGUCAUUAGCAGCAAUGUUAAUACUUUCUUCUUGCAAGGCAAAUAAGGUAGCCAUAGCUUCAUCUGGUGCAGUUAAAAUUUUGGUUACAUAUAUCAACAAUAGUAGCAACACUCACACUCAGUCUCAACUAGAUGCUAUAGCUACUCUCCAUAACCUUACAACCUGCCAAGAGAUUAUUCCAUUGAUUGUAUCUUCUGGUGUUAUAUUCUCCUUACUUGAACUUAUCCAUGGCUCGGUAAAAUCAUCUUUGUUGGCUGAGAAAGCAAUAGGGUUGCUAGAAAAUAUUGUUUCUUCAUCAGAGAGUGCACUUUGUGAGGCUGCUAGUACCGGAGGAGCGAUUAGGAUAUUGGUUGAGACUAUUGAAGAUGGAUCAUCACUGGGAAAAGAGCAUGCAGUUGGUAUACUUCUACUUAUAUGUCAAAGCUGUAGAGAAAAAUAUAGAGUGUUGAUUUUGACAGACGGAGUGAUGCCAGGAUUGCUUCAGUUAAGUGUCGAUGGAACGUGGAGAGCUAAAUCCGUGGCUGGAGAAUUGUUGUUUCUUCUAAGAGACUGCUCUAGUUAUAGCUCGAGGCGUAAACAAAUUAAUCAUAAGCUAAUAGAACAGAUGAUGGAAGAAAUUGAUGCAGAAGGUGACAAAUUGGCAGAUACUACUUUGAGAUUGGUAGAGGAGAUGAUUGCAAAGCUCAAUACAUGAUCUUUUAAGCAAAUAAGGUUUUCUAAAUAGGUUUGGCUCAUAAAGUAUUCUUGUGUCUCUCGGUUCUUUCUAAUUAUUUUGGUAUUAAUUAUGUUUUUUAUGAAGAUGAUUUAUAGUUUAGGACUUAACUACAAGGAAGGUAUAUUGAAGUGAAACAAUGUGGAAUUGUUUACAUU